GACGUGGGUCACACUGUGUGAACUCGGGAACGCGUACACAACACACGCAGCGGAGUGCGCCGAGCAGAGAAAAAGAAAGAAGGAAAAAGAAAAAAAGCGGAAAAGCCACCACCAGAGCGUGGAAGGGAAAAGGAGAAGGAAAAGCUGACAGAGGGUCCACCGAAAAACGCACGCAGCCUGCAGCCUCCAAGGAUCCCAGCGGAUACCCUCCAGAUUCAGAUACAAAGAUUCCACGGCUGAGAUACAAGCCACUGGUCCACGGGUCCACGGGUCGCUGAGUGCGUGUUGCCCCAGGCUCAGUCACCUGGUCAGCCCCCAUCCCAACAUCCCCCAUCUCCCGUCCUCUCCUCACCCGCUGCAGUGCAACAGAAAAUUGUGCGGGGGAUGAGCGCGUUUGUUUUGUGGACAGGUGUGCGAUCCCGAAGCGAGUGAAAAGGAGCUGCUGGAAAAGGGCAGCAGCCAGGGAUAAAAGCUCCGGCCGAAGCAUCCUUGCUGAGCUGCUUGCUCCUGAGCUCCUUGGCUCCUUGGCUUCUUGGCUCCUUAGCAUAAUUUGAUUCGCAAAAAUCGAAACGGAACCAAACGAAACGAAACCAAACGAAACGAAGCGAAAGCGAGAAAUCGGCUCCUUUGCGAGAGAGCCCCAGUGCAUGUGUAUGUGUAUGUGUUGGUGUCGUUGUGUGUGUCAGUGUGUGUGAGCAGCAUCCUGGAAGCCAGAAAAAGACAGGAGAAAUAACAAAAAUAUAAAAACAGAGGAGUCUCUACCAUCGCAUCGCAUAGCAUUGCAUCCGGAUUGCAUCGCAUCGCAGCCUCCGCGGGAAUGGAGGAAUGACGCCGAGUGGGUGCCAGUGCCACGAGCAGGAUCGGGAUAAGGAUUAGCCAGCGUCCAGCAGCCUCCGAUGCCACCGCAUAGACAUAGAUACAGAUUACGGUUACAGAUACGGAUACACACAACCUGCUUUUGUCCAGGCAGCGGCGCAUAAUGCAGUGAUUCUACACCGCUCCUCUCGUGUCUCGUGCAAUCUCCCAGUCCCCAGUGACAAUUAGCUCCAUCUCCGUCUCCAUAUCCACAUCCAUAUCCUCCCCGGCUGCCCACCCACAGCUCCUGGCCCAAGGAUACCCACAACCACAAUAGCAAUAGAGGCGACCAGCAGCAGAAGCACCGCAGAUCCCGAAGCGCAUCAAGAUGACCACGGACUUCCUCUUCCCCAAGAUAGCGGACUGCUCCUACGUGUCCUGUUACUGCGAGGAGAACGUGUGGAAGCUCUGCGAGCAGGUGAAGCGGACGCGGCCGGAGGAGCUGUCCAAGUGCUACGCCGUCUUCGUCUCCAACGAGGGUCGCACCGUGCCCCUUUGGCGCCAGAAGGCAGGACGCGGCGACGAUCAAGUUGUGAUAUGGGACUACCACGUCUUCUUCAUACACAAUCCCUUGCUGAAUCGCUGUCUGGUGUUCGAUCUGGACACCACACUGCCCUUUCCCACAUACUUCCACAAGUACGUGACGGAGACGUUCCGCUCCGAUCUGGCCCUGCGUCCGGAGCACCACAGAUUCUUCAGAGUCAUACCCGCAGACACAUAUCUCAUUGAGUUCUCAUCGGAUCGGCGUCACAUGCGUCGGCCGGACGGCAGUUGGAUCAAGCCACCGCCCUCCUAUCCACCUAUUCUCUCCAACUCGAACAUGCACUGUCUAGGGGACUUCAUCUGCAUGAGUGCAGGAAAAGGUCCUGGAGCGGUCUACAGCCUGUCGGAGUUCGUGCAAAACUUCUACAAGUCGCCACAUGUGAUGGCGCAGAACAACAAGUAGAUGCAGGGCCAGGGGAUCCUGGAUUGGGAAUCUAGAAUGGCGGAUCGCGCAUCCGAUGUAUCCAACAGCCCACAGAUGCAGAACGCAUCCAGCAACUCAACCACAUCCAAAUGCAAAUACAAAUCCGUAUCGAAAUCGUUUUGUCGUUGUCGUUACCAGACAGUUAAUUACCAAUUGCAUACAUAUACAUACAUACAUAUACACGCGAACAUAUAAAUAUAUUUAUGAUAAUGUAUUUUUGUAUUCAGGUUAACAGAGAUCAAGUGCAGAAGAGGGUUAAAACGCUGGCGCCACGCAGCUCUUGGCGUUUAUAUGCAUUGAACUUCAAUUCUAAAGAAAUUAUAAAUCUAAUUAUACAUUUUUUACUGUACGUAUUGUAUUGUAUUGUAUUGUAUUUUAUAAAGCAACCACACAUACAUAUAUAUGAUAGCCGAGGGCAGAGAUGAAAUUUUUAUUCGUUACAUCCUCCGUGUACUUUUUGUAACUCUAAACCUAAGCGAAAUGGAAAAGCACCAAGGCGGCCGGCGGACAUCUGAUCGGAUAUUCGCAACACCACCAUACAUAUAGAUAUGGAUAUGGAUAUGGAUAUGGAUAUGGAUCUACUACCACUUUGCAUACUACGCUACGCUCUCGUUUAUGUAAUUCAAUUUUUGGCUAGGCUCAAAGCUAACCCACAACACCUAACUGUAACUUACACUCUACUCUAAACUCACGUCAGCCUCGUCUCGAAUUCGAGGCGCAUAAUUGCAUUAAAGCUUGUUAACUUGUUUUAUCGUACUUACACUAAUUACGUACUCGUACCGCAAUUAUAAUUGUAAUUCGAAUAUUAUCUACUUUGUAUACAACGGAAACCAAAUCGAUGAUAAUACUAAUAACGUAUUGUAUUGUAUUGUA